CUUCCCUUAGAAAGUCAUUCACAAUCUAGUAACUCUAUUGAUCUAAUAAUCGCAAAAAAGGAAAGAACCAAAAAGAUGUCUCUGAUAACCGAGGAGAUCAAAGCCAAAUCAGAGGUAUACCAUGGAGAUGAAAUAUGCCAAGUGAAGUCCAAGGAACUUCUUAAGGAAAUAAGCCUACCCAAUGGCCUUUUGCCUUUGAAAGAGAUUGAAGAAUGUGGUUAUCAUAGGGAGAGUGGGUUUGUGUGGCUUAAACAGAAGAAAAGCCGUACACACAAGUUUGAGAAAAUUGGGAAGCUUGUGAGUUAUGGUACUGAAGUCACUGCCACUGUUGAGGUUGGUAAGAUCAAGAAGCUAACUGGUGUGAAGGUGAAGGAGCUGUUGGUUUGGCUUUCAUUGAGCGAUAUCUAUGCAGAUAAUCCACCCACUGACAAAAUCACGUUCAAGACCCCUGCUGGGCUUUUCAGGACAUUCCCUGUCUCAGCUUUUGAAAUAGAAGAAGUUAAGGAUGUGAAGGAAGAAAACAAAGAUCAAGUCAAAGAAGCAGCACCUGCUGCUACUGCUACUGUUGAAGUCAAAGAGGUGUGAUUCAGUUUCUGAAUGAAGAAAAAUUCGUUUCAUAAGUUUAUUAAAAUGCUGGUUAUGUUAUGUUCCAGUAAAUUGUAAUCCUUUCAAUUUCUUGCUUCACAGCUAUGCUAGUUAUGUCUUUGAUUUUGCUGCUCUCAUGGGGCGGUUUACUUAAAGUCUAAAGAUAUAUAAAAUUAUAAUAUUUUUACUUUGGCUUACUGCAAUUCCAGGUCGAGAACAAUGCAAAGCAGCUAUAAUUU